UCUCAUCCUCCCAAAUCGCAAAGAGACGCACACCCACGUCGCACACCCUCCGCCAUCAUGCCGCCUAAGCGAAUGACGGCGAACCCCAUCCGUCCGGGGCGCCACUUUGCCGGCAAACCCACCGGCGCCUCCUCUUCCUCCGAGUCCGACAGCGACGACGACAACGCGCCCGCCGCCGCCGCCGCCCCGAAGCGCAAGGUGCCGCCUCCGCCCAAGGCCGCCAGCGCGGGCAAGAUCAUCAGCAAGGGUCUCGGCGGCAUAGACCUCAACGCGCGGCGACAGGAGCUAGAGAAGGAGGCCGAGGCGCGGAGGCGCGCCGCACAGCAGGCUGAGAAGCUCGCCGCCGAGCAGGGUUUUGUGACGGAAGAUGAAGACGAGAAUAGCGACGGGGAGGGGGGGGGGGAGGAGGCGAGCGGAUCCGAGGAAGAAGAAGAGAGCGGCAGCGGCAGCAGCAGCGAAGAGGAAGAGGCCCCGAGACGACUCAUGAUGCGCCCCAAAUUCGUACCCAAGAACCAACGUAACGGGCCCGGUGCCGCAGGAGGCAAGGACCGCCCCGAAGACGAAGCUGCGCGCCUCGCCGAGGAGGAAGCUAAGAAGAAGGCCGCCGCCGACGCCCUGGUCGAGGAGCAGAUCAAAAAGGACCUCGCGGCGCGGGCCGCGGGCAAGAAGCACUGGGACGACGACGACGAUGCCGACUCAGACGUGGACACGACGGACGGGCUCGAUCCGGAGGCCGAGGAGGCGGCGUGGCGCGUGCGCGAGCUCAAGCGCCUGCGCCGGGCGCGCGCCGCCAUCGAGGAGCGCGAGCGCGAGCUCGCCGAGGUCGAGCGCCGGCGCAACCUCACGGCCGAGGAGCGCGCCGCCGAGGACGAGGCCCACCUGGCGCGCCAGCGCGAGGAAAAGGACGGCAAGGGAAAGAUGAGCUUCAUGCAAAAGUACUACCACCGCGGCGCCUUCUUCCAGCAGGAGACGGAGGCGGCGGGCCUGCUGCAGCGCGACAUCAUGGGCAGCCGCAUCCAGGACGACGUCCGCAACCGCGAGGCCCUCCCCGAGUAUCUCCAGCGUAGGGACAUGACCAAGCUCGGCCGCAAGGGCGCCACAAAGUACAGGGACAUGCGCUCCGAGGACACGGGCAGCUGGGGACAGUUUGAUCGUCGCGGCGGGGGCCGUGGUGGUGGCGGGGGUAGUAGGUUUGACGGCGAUGACCGGUUCAGGCCUGACGACGACAGGUUCAAGCCCGACGAGAGGGACGCCAAGGGCGCCAAUGCGAUUCCCCUGGGGGACCGCAAGGAGAGGCAGCACGGCGGCGGCGGCGGGGAAGACCAUCGGAGGGAUCGUGGCGACAGCAGCUACCGCCGGCGCAGAUCACGGACGAGGUCACGGUCGCGGUCGCCGAGGCGGGAACGUGGCGAGGAGGACCACAGGCGGAGCCGCAAGAGGAGCACGUCCCGCGACGGAAAUCGCUCCGACGGCGACAAGAGGCGGCGGGUGGACGUCGAGGCAGACAGAUGACGGACAGGCAAGGGUACACCACCACCACCUGCCGCCACUUGCUGCGCGUUGUUGUAUUCAUAAACGUGUUGUCACAUCAGGAGCCAUCAAGACUGAAAGUGUCAUGAUGGCCCCCAAAAGUUACAAAGCAAUAUACCCCCCCUUUCACGCCGCACGCCUACCCUUUACAUGGAUGGGAGCGAGCGCGCGCGAGAUGAUCAAACACGUCGACCCUUGUUGCGCCCCGGAACCAAUCAAGCUCCCCAAAUGGCGUUCCCUGUUUCUCGCCCCCCUACGCUUUCUUUCUCAUAUCCUUACAAUCUCGACGCGCGCCCGGUGGAAGACCUUGUGGCCCAGCAUGGUGUCGCCGUGCUCGCCCUCCGUCUUGGGUGGGUGCAGCGUCAUGCGCGCGUACGUGCCCGCGCCCCUGCGCUUGGACAGGUAGCCUGGGUUGACGGCGAGGACGCUCUCGACGACCUGUCACAUUCUCUGCGUUUAGCAUUUGGGUCACACGCGAUCGGACGAACACGGGGAGGGUGGGUGAAAAGGUCAAAACAUUGAUGGAGAGAGAGAAGAGGAGGAGGAGAGGAGAGACGGGACAAGGCUCACUCACCCUUGCAAACGGCGGCAGGGCACUGGGCACGAGCAUGACGUCUGGCCGCACGUUGACCAUCUCGCCCAGCUUCAGGUAGCUCACGUCCAGCACCGCCCCCGUGGCGACGCCCUCCUCCGUGCCCGUCUUGGGCAGCCGCGCCCUGUCCGCGGCGGGCCACAGCGGGAAGUAGUGCCGCUGCUCGACGAGGUACCUGACC